CGUCAAUUUAAUUUAUUUACACGAUAACCAGGAGAUUGUUGGACUUUGGACUGUUUGAGUUUCGACCGAUAGCGAUGAUUCCAUGAAUCAUCGUGAAUCGGAACGGCAGUUGUUUUAAAAAUGGCGGUGGCUAUUGUUAGUUCGGCUCGACAGGUGGGGAGGCUAACAAACGCAGCCAGGAGGCUUUAUUCUGAUGUAUAUCCUAAAAUAUCAACCCAUUAUACAAUACAUCCAAGAGAUAAGGAUCCAAGAUGGAAAGAGAUAAAUAUGGAACGCGUAGCGGAGGAGACGGACAUCCUCAUUAUCGGUGGGGGCCCAGCGGGUAUGGCAGCUGCAAUCCGAGCAAGACAAAUAGCAGCUGAAAAGGGGGCAGAAGUAAGAGUGACUUUACUGGAAAAGGCAGCAGAGACUGGAGGGCAUAUAUUGUCAGGAGCCUGUGUUGAUCCAAUAGCUUUGAAUGAGUUAAUCCCAGACUGGAAAGAGCGAGGAGCUCCUAUGAAUACUCCAGUUACAUCGGACAAGUUUGGUCUGUUGACGAAGAGUAGCAGAAUACCUAUACCUGUAUUUCCUGGUUUACCGAAUUACAAUCAUGGUAACUACGUUGUGAGACUGGGACAUCUAGUUAAAUGGCUUGGUGAGCAAGCUGAAGAACUCGGUGCUGAGGUGUGGCCGGGAUGCGCUGGAGCCGAGGUGCUGUACCGCGAGGACGGGUCGGUGCGCGGGGUGGCCACGGGUGACGUCGGCAUCGCCAAGGACGGGAGCCCUAAGGACGCCUUCGAGCGCGGCAUGGAGUUCCACUCCAAAAUAACCAUCUUCACCGAAGGGUGUCAUGGACAUUUAACGAAAAUGGUCUCGAACAAGUUCAAUCUCAGGGAGAAGAGCGAGCCACAGUCUUAUGGUAUUGGAUUGAAAGAGCUUUGGGAAGUUAAGCCAGAGAACCACAAACCAGGUUUAGUUGAACACACAAUAGGUUGGCCAUUAGAUAAGAACACAUACGGGGGAUCGUUCAUAUACCACUUAAAUGUGGCAGAGGGCGAAUCACCCCUAGUGGCCGUCGGCUUCGUGGUGGGGCUGGACUACACCAACCCUUACAUUAGUCCCUUCAGAGAAUUCCAGAGAUUCAAGUUGCAUCCUUAUGUUAAUCCUGUGUUCGAAGGCGGGUCCCGCAUCGCGUACGGCGCGCGGGCGCUGGUGGAGGGCGGCUGGCAGUGCCUGCCCCGGCCGGUGUUCCCGGGGGGCGUGCUGGCCGGGGACACGGCGGGCUUCCUCAACGUGCCCCGGAUCAAGGGCACGCACAACGCCAUGAAGAGUGGCAUGCUAGCCGCCGAGUCCGCCAUGGAGCUGGUGCUGUCCGGGGACGCGACACACGAUCGCGGAGUCGUUCCGGAGUCUUACGAAGAGAAACUAAAAAAUUCAUUCGUCUACAAAGAACUCAAGGAGGUUCGCAACUGUCGGCCAUCGUUCCACACGAAGCUGGGCCUGUACGGAGGCGUCGCGUACUCCGCCUUCAGCACGCUCGUGCGCGGGAAGGAACCCUGGACCCUCAGCCACGGAGGUGCAGAUCACUCACGCCUGCGGCCGGCGCAGGAGUGCCAACCCAUCGAGUACCCCAAGCCGGACGGGGUGGUUACCUUCGAUCUGCUGUCCUCUGUUGCGCUCACAGGCACAAAUCACGAAGCGGACCAGCCUCCGCAUCUGACGUUAAAAGACGAUACGGUGCCGGUUAAGACCAAUCUAGGAGUAUACGAUGGACCCGAAGCCAGGUUUUGUCCUGCAGGUGUAUACGAGUUCGUACCGUUGGAGGAGGGUGAUGGUCAGAGGUUGCAGAUCAAUGCUCAGAACUGCAUCCACUGUAAAACGUGCGACAUUAAAGACCCGUCGCAGAACAUCAACUGGGUUGUGCCCGAGGGCGGCGGCGGACCUGCCUACAACGGAAUGUAAAUUGAUACCAAAUAUUCAUUAAACCCGUAGGAAUCAAGCAAGAACAACACAAUGAUUCUUUUUAGAAAAUAUUCAAUCAAACAGUCAGCAAUUUUGAAAUUUUAAUUUUAAUUAAAUAGUUUACAAUUAAAAAGACACGUGCUCCUCGAAAACUCAUCAAAAAUCUUCAACAGCGAAGAGCAUGACUGCGGUUCGCUGACCAUGCAAACGAUCUGAUUGAAAAAGCCUCAUUUUAAUUUUCAACCUAACAACUGUCACUGUCAAGUUGACACUGACAAAUGUACGUCAAAAUGUCACUGCGGUUUGUAUGAGAUAUUGUAUAGCUAUUAUAUUUUAUAUUUAGUUUAUUUUUUCGACUGUUUUAUCUAUCGUGAAAUUUUGUUAAUCAUUUUAUAAUAUUAAUUGCGCAGCUUUUACCAUGUAUGCGUAAAGUCGUUGAUAGGCCAGUGGAGUAAUUGACUUAGGUUUAUUAAUGAAAACCGUUUAAAAAGUUUUUAAAAAUGAAGUGACCGCCACACUAAGUCGCACAAUAUGGCGAUUCUUGUUAUUAUCUGUGAAGUAAUUAAAUCAUGUUCUGAUAUCUUCUAACGUGAUUUGGAGUCAACUGGCUUCACUAGAGUAAGAUUAGAAAAGUUCCCAAUGGUGUUAACAAAAAUGAAAAAAUAAAGAAAAAUUACAUUUCUCUGAGGAAACUAUUGAAAUUAUUUUUGAAAACUUUUGAUCUAAUAUACUUAAGAUAAACUAUUGCAUAUAUUGUUUUUUAUAUACAAAAUAAUUAAAAUUAAAGGCACGCAUAAGAGAUAUGGUACAAGAGGUAGAAAAUGAACACACAAAAUUAUUAACUGUUCCUAGUGUUUGAAUUAAGUGAAAUCAUUCAUUCAUCUGAACGUUUACAAAGAUUGUAUGUGUAUUGGGAAAAUAUAAAAAAAAGUUAUGAUUAUUUUUAUAUAUUUAUAACAAAAAGACAACGGAAUCUUUCUCAAACGGUGCUUAUAAUAAUGUUUGUAUGAGGAAAUAAAUGUUUUUGAUUGAAGUACAAUCAUAGAGAUAAGUGUUAAUUAUAUUAUAAAAAGAAAUAGAUAAAUUAUUUUAGAUAAA